AUUUGUCACGUGAUCUAUUAGAAAUUAGUACAGGCAAGCAUCAAGCAUGGCUGAUAAGAAAGCAUUACCUUGGGGAUUAAAAGAGGAAAAGUUAAAACCUAACUCUGUGGAGGAGUUGUCAAAAGAUAAACUCAAGGCAUUUUCAAUUGGCACCUCUAAUUCUGUUAUGUUAAGGACUGCAAUUAUUCAGAAGAAGAAAGAAGAAAAACAAAUAAAGAAGGAAUUAGAAGCAAAAGAGACGGCUAAAGUUUUUGAAGAUUUUGUUGCUACUUUUGAAGAAUGUGAUACAACAAAGAAAACAUUUGUCCGUGGUAGUGUCAUCAAUCCUGAUGAAAAAGAUAAAGCGAAUGAAUUAGCUGGCUCACUUUAUCAACCUUCAGCAUCUAAACUUGUUAAGGGUGUUCUUGAGAAGAAGAAAGAAAAAGAAGCUAGUACUCCUCAGUUGCCUCAGAAAGCUAGUAAGAAGAAGGCAAAAACUAGUGAAAAAAAGAAAAGUAUGCUAGAAAUGUUUGGGGAGGAGUUAAAGAGAAUGCAAGAAGAACGAUCAGAGCAUCAAGUUAGUCGAAAAGCAGGUGAACCUCUGUUACAGCCUCCUAGUGAUGCAGACAAAGAUAAAUUGAAAAUGGAAGAUUAUCCUGGUCUACCAAAAGGAUCAAUUGAUAGUGUUGACCCACUUACUACUAAUCUUUAUGUUGGUAAUAUCAAUCCUAAAAUGACAGAAGAGAUGCUAUGUCAACACUUUGGCAAGUUUGGUCCAUUAGCCAGUGUCAAGAUUAUGUGGCCAAGGACUGAGGAAGAAAAAUCACGGAAUAAAAAUUGUGGUUUUGUUGCGUACAUGAAAAGACCAGAUGCUGAAAAGGCACUGGAUGCAACCAAAGGCUCAUCAAUUAUGGGUUAUGAAGUUCAAAUUGGAUGGGGCAAAUCAGUACCUCUCCCUCCCAAACCUUAUUAUGUUUCCAAUACCGAAAAGGAAGAAAAAGUAUUAAUUUCUGAUUCACAGUCAGGCCUUCCUUUUAAUGCUCAGUCUCUGAAACCUGUCAAGUCACACACUACUGGUAAUUAUGCUAGUAUUCCUCCACCUACAUCUGAUGAGCCUUCAGUAGCCAAAGAAGAUGAACAGUCAUUUGAUGAAUUAUUGUACAACUCAGUUGUUAGGGUCGUGUUUCCUGCUGACAAAGAUAUUCUCUGCCUCAUUCAUCGUAUGAUUGAAUUUGUCAUAAGAGAAGGGCCAAUGUUUGAAGCUAUGAUCAUGAAUAAAGAGAUUAGCAAUCCAAAGUUUAAGUUUCUUUUUGACAAUACCAGUUCUGAUCAUAUUUAUUAUCGUUGGAAGCUCUUCUCUAUACUACAAGGUGACUCUCCUGAGACAUGGCAAGAGGAGGAAUUUAGGAUGUUUGAAGGUGGCUCCUUGUGGAAGCCUCCUCCAUUAAAGAAAUUAAGAGGGAAAGUGAUUCCACCAGAAAUUGUCAAAAGAGGACAAUUGCUGUCUGGUGAUCGUGACAAGUUGGAGGAUAUGCUUAGAAGUAUCACUAUGGAGAGAUCGAAAAUCCUGGAGUGCAUGGUAUGGUGUAUUGAUCAUGCCACUUCAGCUGAAGAAGUAUCCGAUUGUUUACACGAAUCUCUGUGUCUCCGGGAAACUUCCCUACCACUUAAGAUAGCACGUUUGUAUCUACUUAAUGAUGUAUUGCAGAACAGUAACACUGGAAGAUCAACAAGAUAUCGCAGAAUUUUUGAGGGAAAGGCCAUUUCAUUAAUGGAGCAUCUACAUGAUACACUAACUAGCAUGGAUUCUAGACUGAGAGCUGAAAGUUUCAAAAAGCGAGUUCUCAAGUGCCUUCAAGCAUGGGAUCACUUUGCUGUGUAUCAUUUUAACUUUGUUGAUCGUCUCAGAGAAGUAUUCAUUGGUAAAACACAAGAAGAACUAGAAAAGAAGAAAGCAUUUGAAACAGUUGCAGCUCUUAUUUCCACUGCUCAAAGUCAGCCUGAUGAACCUGUAACACAGUCAAGUCUUGUUGAUGAUAGGCCAAUUGAUUUUAGUGGUGGCCUUGGAGCUGUUAAUGUUGAUGAGGAAUUAGAUGGUGAGCCACUUGUUGAUCCAGAUUUAGAUGGUGUUCCAAUGGAAGAAGAUAUUGAUGGAGUUCCUAUGGAGCCUGAGCCAGUUUCAAGUAAUGUUGUUCGCAGUAAAUGGGAACUGAUAGAGUAUGGUAAUGAUUCAACCUCAGAUGAUGAUGGACCAGAGAACACAUCUAAUGUAAACCCAGAACAAUCAAAAUCCACAAUAGACGUUAAGCCGAUACUUUCAGCUGAAGACCGCAACAGACAGUUACUGAGAGAUGUAGAGGUAAUUUUGUUUGUUUUUCAGCAACUUUGCUAUUGGGAUGAUAAGAAAUGCCAUGGUACCUUUCAUUUAGCUUUUUUUUUUACAAUAGCCACAUUAUUGUAUGACAACAUAAAUAUACUGAGACACUUCUCGCUAUCUUUCCGUUACUAUUCAUCAGCUGAAAUUACUGAAAGGGCUAGAAAAUUCAGAGAAAAGUUAUUACUUGAUGACUGUCAGAAUGAAUCAAUGGAAAAAGACAAAGUUCCUGAUGCCUCUUUGCAGAAGCACAAUAAUAAAAAGAAAAGGCAUAGUUCAUCCAAAUCAAGGUCUCCUGAUCGUGCAAGAAAACGUUCACGGAGUCGUAGUCCACGUUCUUCUAGGCAUCGUUCUAAAUCUCCUCGUUCUCAUCGUCACAGAUCUCGUUCACCUCGGUCACACAAGGAACACACUCGAACCAAAAGUCCUGUAGCUCAUAAGAGUAAAAGACAGAAACAUUAAUAUUUGAUUAUAGUUUUCUUUUUGUUUAUGUGUAAAAUAUUUUUUGGACCAACGCACUUGAGUGUUGUAUUCUGAU